GAUCAACAAUAAGGAUCUGUAUCAUUGAUAAUGUCGCAGGAGAAGACCUACCUGGUCUCGGGAGAUCCACAACAGCCUCCUUAUCCACGUAACGAGAUGUCGUAUGGAAACGACCAUUAUCCACAACAGCCUCCACCAUAUGGACAGCCUGUUUUCCCACAAGCUGGUUUUGGGCAGCCAGCUUUUCCAUCAGCUGGUUAUGUGCAGCCACCUUAUCCCCAAUCUGCCUAUGGACAGCCUGGUUUUCCACAAGGAUCAUAUGGAGAGCCACCACAGGCAUUUCCACAAGGAGCAUUCCAGCAGCCGCCCAUGCCUCCACCUCCAAUGAUGCAUUCAAAUGUUGCCUUGGGAAGCCCUGGUUAUCACGACGAUGUCCCACCAUCUUAUUACGAUAACGAGGAGUUCAGUGCAGCAAACUUUGAAGACAAGAAUAUUCGCAGAGCUUUUAUUAGGAAGGUCUACAUGGUUUUGACUGUUCAGCUGCUGGUGACUUUCAUUUUUGUGUGUAUCUGUACCUUUGUUUCUGAUGCUAAGAAAUUUGUGAGACGCACUCCUUGGAUCUACUAUGCCUCCUAUGGUGUAUUCUUCGUUACACUUAUUGCUCUCAGCUGUUGUGGACAAAUCCGACGGAAGCACCCAUGGAAUCUCAUUGCUUUGUCUAUCCUCACUCUCAGCAUGUCGUACAUGGCUGGAAUGAUUGCCAGUUUCUACAGCACAGACUCUGUAGUGAUGGCUGUUGGGAUUACUGCAGCUGUUUGCUUUACUGUUGUGAUUUUCUCUAUGCAGACCAAGUAUGACUUUACUUCCUGUAUGGGUGUGAUGUUGGUGUCUGUGGUUGUGCUGUUUUUCUUCGGAAUUCUGUGCAUCUUUAUCCAAAACAAGAUUCUCCAGAUUGUGUAUGCUUCUGUUGGUGCACUGAUCUUCACAGUGUUUUUGGCCAUUGAUACACAGAUGAUCCUGGGGAACAAACAGCUGGUUAUCAGUCCGGAAGAAUACGUUUUUGCAGCACUCAACCUUUAUACCGAUAUUAUCAAUAUCUUUAUGUUCCUCAUGACCAUCAUUGGGAGUACCAGAGAGUGAGAUGUCAGCAGACGAGGAAGGAAUGUGCUCCUCCUGCAGUGAAGAACUAACCUGAAGCCAUCUUUUCUUUUGUUGUGUAGCCUAGGUUUAAGAAUAUUCCUUUUUGACUGGUGAUGCCACUCCUGUGAAAUAAGCAUGUUUGCAUGGAUGAGCUAAUGUGAAUGUAACAGCUUCACUGUGGCCAUCAGUGCAUUCGGUCUCAGUUGCUUCUUGCAGCAGGUUCAUGUAGACAAUGGUAUUCUUUUUACUCCUCUUCCAGUGAGUUUAGGGGUCAUCUUUUUGAAUCAAGAUUAAUCACAAAUAGUUAAUUUAAAAAUAAUUGGAGCUUUCUUUAUAAAGAAGUGAGAUUGACACUGCACUGCAAAACACCACUUGUACACUUUAUCAAGAUAAUUAUGAACUGAGAUAUUUGACUUUGGAAUUUAAACCAACCAAGUGUGUAAAAUAGUUUAGUUCUGGGUUUAUUUAAUCUUGCUUGAAUCUGAACAAUAUGUGCACAGUUUGCAAAUCAAUGAAAUUAACUUAACCUAUUAAAUGUGAAACCUAUUACAUUGUGAAUUACAGUAUAACCUAUACAGGCCAUAUAUGUAAAAUAGACUCUGAUAUUGGACGGGGUUGGAUUGAUGAGAGGAAGGCACAGUUAUUUUGAAUUACUAUCUAAUAUUAUGUUCAAAUGCAGUAGUUAUUUCGGGUUCUUGUAGAAUUAACUUGAUAAAAAUGCUGUAAGUCAGUGUUUUAUCCUUGAAUGAAGUCAAUAUUUAAAUUACUGAACAUUAGAGAAUUGGACUCUUCCAAACAGAAACUGGUCAUGUUUGCUGAUGAGCUAUGGGUUUGCUUUUAAAACUGCAAACUAGAAUCCAACACUGAGUUCUCUGGCUUACUAAUCAAAACAAAAAUAAAUGAAAUGAGCUGUUUGGCUGGCUGCCUUGAACGUGCUCAGAAUAGAAUCAGUAUUGAGGAAAGUACCUAGAGCUGCUUAAUGGCACUAUAACUGAAGGAUUGCAUCGCAUUUUUAACUGUAUGGAUUUAUGAUACCUGCGUGUAUGAGGAAAUUAGUAGUACAAAGCUUUUUGCCAGCUGUAGUAUUUUGGUCACAUCAGAUUAGAGAGCAGGUGUCUUGGAAAGCAUGAAACAAAUACCCUUUUUAAUGUUCUGGAUCUUUUUCAGUCUUUAGCUCACUAGACAUUAAUCUCUCAGAACCUGGCAUUUGUUAAAUUUUAAAAUACUUUUGUUAGAUACCUGUCCUUUUUCUUGCUUGUAACCCAAAUUGAGACUCAAGCUACCAAAUAAUUAAGGCUUUUCUCAUAAUUGGGACUAGAAUAAAAAGGGGAAUGCUUCAUUGAAUAAUGAAUCUUAAUAUAUUUUGUGGUGUAUCUAAUCCCUCCUGUGAAAUUAUCACUUAGGAUCAACUGUAGUAUACAUCUCUGUAUCCAGAUAACUGCAUUAGUGUGAUCAGUCGUGGGACCAUGUAUCAGGAAUUAUUCUACUGAACCAGAUAAUUCAGAUUUGCGUGUACAUAGGUUGAAACAUUUUGUAAAUGUGCAUGAAGUAGUCAAGGAUAUGAUUUGCUGAAGUGUUAAGGCAGCUGGUCCAAACAAUUCAUAUUUAGGGAAAUAGUUUGCUUUGUUAAAUGAGAGAGAAGACUUUUGUUUAAAUUUUCAAGGUUUUUUUGACUGAGCCCAGAACUUGUACAAGAAGAAAAAACUGCAUGAGUGAAACUUGCUAUUAUGAUUGGCAAAGUCUGCUGUAGUAUUUGAACAGGUUGAGUUUUGGAUAUCUCAUUCUUGGAAAUCCUUAAGUUUAAGGUACAAGGCUACAUACUUUUUUCACUUCUGAGCUGAAGAAUAAUUCACAUUCUGCUUUUAAGGUAUUUUAUCUUAAUACGAGGAAAUAAAGAUCCUGUCCUCGGGCAAACAUUCAUUUUGUUUAAAAUGAAAGCAAGCUAACUUCAUUCAAUGCCUCUUCCUUUGAAGAUAAAUUAAGACUUAAAUUGUCCACUCUGCCCCAUUAAUCUAUUUAUAUUGCUGACCUGAACGCUUACUAAUUUUCAGGCAACCAUUUUAAAAUUAGUCAGCACUAUAGUCUUGGUUUUUUCUCAUUUUUAACAUGUAACUAGUGCCCUGAAGCCCUUUUACUGAAACUGCUGCAAAAUGUUGUAAAUAAGCACUAAAAUAUUGAAGGAAACUAGAUGUCACUAUGGCAAAAGUUGUCCUUGCAAUGUUUGAGAAUCUCAUUGAGGUAAUGAGGGAGCUCCCCGUCAGUAACCUGUUUGAUUUUUAUCUGAUAACAUAUGCUGACACUCAUUACCUAAACUUAUGGACAACCCUACUUAACUUUUUUUUUGGUAUGAAAACAGGCCGUUUAGCUUACUGAUGCUUAAGGUCUAUUCCAGCUGCCUCCUGCACUUUCUGUACCUCACCUUUUAUCGACUUUUUUUUUUCAUCUCAAACUCUCAAGAUUAUGUUAACAGAUGAGGAGAAAAAUGAGCCUGUCAUGCCACACAGCCUACCCUAGCUAGGCAAAGGGGUAAUGCCAAGAAACUGACCAAAUACAGAUUAACAUUCUGGUUUUUCUGUUUCUUCCCCUCUUGAAAUAAUUUUGCUGUAUCAUGGUUUAAUUGAAUUUAAACUUCUGCAGCCCUGCUAGAGUUGAUAUGAUUGUAUUUCUGCUUGUCCUUUACCUUCCUGUGGAAUUAUGCUUUUUGUCAUGUUAAAACAAUCUGCUAGUUUCUUGUAGUGAGGCCAAAUAAGUGUUUGAAACUAAUGAAGAUUUGAAUGUUUAACAUCUGGAAAUCAAACAGUUCUCCUGUUUGUGGUAUUGUCAACAUUUUGUAGCAAAACCUUUAUCUAUUGUGAAUUUUAUUGAUGUAGUGAAUUAGCAUGUUUCCCUUUAAAGUCUUCAUCUCCCAGUUUUUCCUGGAGAAGUGGGAUGUGUCCCUCACCUCUUCUGAUUUUUGAAUUUUGUGAAAUCUUAGCCAAGUACUUCAAUAGUUAUCACAAGUUCACAAUCAAUUGUGGCACCAAGAAGGCAUUCUCGCUCCUUUGCAUGGGUGGAAUGAAGGAAAAUAUGGUACAACAAUAGCAAAAAUUGUCCUUGCAAGAUUAGAAACGAGAACAGCAUUGAGGUAGAUCAAGGAGCUCUUCUGUCAAUAUCUUGUUCCAUAUUUUCCUGAUUGCUAUCAAAAUAGCAAUAUUCUGUUUGCACACAGAUUACCUUUUCCAAUGGUUGUCUUUAUUGUGAGCAUAAAACAUGUGACAGAAAAAUGCAAUUCAUAAAAUUAGGGAAUCUUGAAUAUAAUUUGUAUGUUCAUCUCUAUUCUGGGACCUGUUCAUUCUGGUGAUCUAAUUUCACUAUAUUUGCAAAAUGAUAAAAUACAUUUUGGAUGUGUUUUGAGCAAUUGCAGCAACAGAUGAAUUUUCAUUUUGCCUCAAACUGAUUUUGUAUUUAGUAAUUGAUUUUAGUCCACAUUUGGCUACUAAUAUGAUCUUUCAGCAUUCUUAAUAUAUUGAGUAAAGCAAUCAUUUACAUGAGAGCUAUUCUUUAAUUCUAAUGCUGAAAAGAUAGUCUUUAAAAACAAGACACAAGAACUGUUGUGCUAGUUUUAGCUGAUUUUUAUUUUUCCAAACUUUAGUUUCAAAUAUGCUGUUUUCAACUAAACAGACCCUAAAUGUAUGGUGCAUUAAACAGGUUUAAAAGAUUGUGAAUGACAAAAAUUGCACAGUAAGAUUUUUUUUCUGAAGUAAAAUUUGACACUCCUAAAUGUUUCUUGCACUUGAACUGUGGAACUCCUGUUUUGUGAUGUUCACAUUUUAGAUUCUUGGGUUCAGUAGUGAGCUUUUGAUAUCUUAAAAUGAGAAUACAAGGUUUGUGCCUAGGAAAUCUUGACCAAUCCCUUUUAUAUUUAAAUUAGCUAUAAUAUCAAAUCUCCUCUUCAAUUCAAUAUUAUAAACUCUGUAUUUGCCAUUGAAUUUAUUAAUGGGGAUCUGAUGAAAUAAUGUGGUUGCUAGAGGUCUGCAGGUAAAUGCACUUUUGACUUCAAAUGUUCUGUAUUGCUAUAUUAAUGUUGCAGUAAUUAAACAAAUUUGAAUAAAGUUUUAA